CCCCCUUCUUUACUCCUCCCAGGAAGCGGUGAUAGACAGUUCUGUGUGGUUCUCCACCCCCCCACCCCCCCUCCCCGGCAGAGUGGAGGAGUUGAUGUGUCUCAUUAUAACAGCCAAUGCAGCCGCCAUCCACGCACAAGCAAAGAAGCAUGUCCCAUUUAAAUACACCCACGCAGCCCCAGCGCCCUUAGCUGAGCAGGGCGCGCAGCCCACACGCACCGCGGCUCCGGGCUUGGAGAUCCGCGCAGGUUGGGCUCCCGGACCCGUAGGACCGAAGAGCGGAGGAUCGGGAUCGGGUGCUGUGGGGCCGGGGUGGGCGGGGGAGGCUGGGCCCGGGGCCUCUGGCGCGACACCCGCAUGAGGACGCGAGUGAGAUAGACCAAGGUGGAAUUUCCAAGGGAGAAGCUUCAGGGUGGUUUUGGACCAUUUCUCCCGCGAAGAAGUAGACAUGGCGAGCGACUCCCCGGCUCGCAGCCUGGAUGAAAUCGAUCUCUCAGCUCUGAGGGACCCUGCAGGGAUCUUUGAAUUAGUGGAACUUGUUGGAAAUGGAACAUACGGACAAGUUUAUAAGGGUCGUCAUGUUAAAACGGGCCAGCUUGCAGCCAUUAAGGUUAUGGAUGUCACAGGGGAUGAAGAGGAAGAAAUCAAACAAGAAAUUAACAUGUUGAAGAAAUAUUCUCAUCACCGAAAUAUUGCUACAUACUAUGGUGCUUUUAUCAAAAAGAACCCACCAGGCAUGGAUGACCAACUUUGGUUGGUGAUGGAGUUUUGUGGCGCUGGCUCUGUCACUGACCUGAUCAAGAACACAAAAGGUAACACCUUGAAGGAGGAGUGGAUCGCAUACAUCUGCAGGGAGAUCUUACGAGGGCUGAGUCAUCUCCACCAGCAUAAAGUGAUUCAUCGAGAUAUUAAAGGGCAGAAUGUCUUGCUGACUGAGAAUGCCGAAGUUAAACUAGUGGACUUUGGCGUCAGUGCCCAGCUCGAUCGAACAGUGGGCAGGAGAAAUACCUUCAUCGGGACCCCUUACUGGAUGGCACCAGAAGUCAUUGCCUGUGAUGAAAACCCAGACGCCACAUACGAUUUCAAGAGUGACCUGUGGUCUUUGGGAAUCACCGCUAUCGAGAUGGCAGAAGGUGCUCCCCCUCUCUGUGACAUGCACCCCAUGAGAGCCCUCUUCCUCAUCCCCCGGAACCCAGCGCCUCGCCUGAAGUCGAAGAAGUGGUCAAAAAAAUUCCAGUCAUUUAUUGAGAGCUGCUUGGUAAAGAAUCACAGCCAGCGACCAGCAACAGAACAAUUGAUGAAGCAUCCAUUUAUACGAGACCAACCUAAUGAACGACAGGUCCGCAUUCAACUCAAGGACCAUAUUGACAGAACAAAGAAGAAGCGAGGAGAGAAAGAUGAGACCGAGUAUGAGUACAGUGGAAGUGAGGAAGAAGAGGAGGAGAAUGACUCGGGAGAGCCCAGCUCCAUCCUGAACCUGCCAGGGGAGUCCACGCUGCGGCGGGACUUCCUGAGGCUCCAGCUGGCCAACAAGGAGCGUUCGGAGGCCCUGCGGCGGCAGCAGCUGGAGCAGCAGCAGCGGGAGAACGAGGAGCACAAGCGGCAGCUGCUGGCCGAGCGCCAGAAGCGCAUAGAGGAGCAGAAGGAGCAGCGGCGGCGGCUGGAGGAGCAACAAAGGCGAGAGAAGGAGCUGCGGAAGCAGCAGGAGAGAGAGCAGCGCCGGCACUAUGAAGAGCAGAUGCGCCGGGAGGAGGAGAGGCGGCGCGCGGAGCAUGAGCAGGAAUAUAAGCGCAAACAAUUGGAAGAACAGAGACAAGCAGAAAGACUACAGAGACAGCUAAAGCAAGAGAGAGACUACUUGGUGUCUCUCCAGCAUCAACGACAGGAGCAGAGGCCUGUGGAGAAGAAGCCACUGUACCAUUACAAAGAAGGGAUGAGUCCUAGCGAGAAACCAGCAUGGGCCAAGGAGGUAGAAGAGCGGUCAAGGCUCAACCGGCAGAGUUCGCCGGCCAUGCCUCACAAGGUUGCCAACAGAAUAUCUGACCCCAACCUGCCCCCGAGGUCGGAGUCCUUCAGUAUCAGUGGAGUUCAGCCUGCUCGGACACCCCCCAUGCUCAGACCAGUUGAUCCCCAGAUUCCACAUCUGGUAGCUGUAAAAUCCCAGGGACCUGCCUUGACUGCCUCCCAGUCAGUGCACGAGCAGCCCACCAAGGGCCUCUCUGGGUUCCAGGAGGCUCUGAACGUGACCUCUCACCGCGUUGAGAUGCCACGCCAGAACUCGGAUCCCACUUCCGAAAACCCUCCUCUCCCCACUCGCAUCGAGAAGUUUGACCGAAGCUCUUGGUUACGACAGGAAGAAGACAUUCCACCAAAGGUGCCUCAAAGAACAACUUCUAUAUCCCCAGCGUUAGCCAGAAAGAAUUCUCCUGGAAAUGGUAGUGCUCUGGGACCCAGGCUAGGAUCUCAACCCAUCAGAGCAAGCAACCCCGACCUCCGGAGAACUGAGCCCGUCUUGGAGAGCCCCUUGCAGAGGACCAGCAGUGGUAGUUCCUCCAGCUCCAGCACCCCGAGCUCCCAGCCCAGCUCCCAAGGAGGCUCUCAGCCUGGCUCACAAGCGGGGUCCAGUGAACGGACCAGAGUUCGAGCCAACAGUAAGUCGGAAGGAUCGCCUGUGCUCCCCCACGAGCCUUCCAAAGUGAAGCCAGAAGAAUCCAGGGACAUUACCCGACCUAGUCGACCAGCUAGCUAUAAGAAAGCGAUAGAUGAGGACCUGACGGCAUUAGCCAAAGAAUUACGAGAACUCCGGAUCGAAGAAACAAACCGCCCGCUGAAGAAGGUGACUGAUUACUCCUCCUCCAGUGAGGAGUCGGAAAGUAGUGAUGAAGAGGAGGAAGAUGGAGAGAGCGAGACCCACGACGGGACGGUGGCCGUCAGUGACAUACCCAGACUCAUACCCACAGGAGCCCCUGGGAGCACUGAGCAGUACAAUGUGGGAAUGGUCGGCACGCACGGGCUGGAGACCUCUCACACGGACACUUUCAGCAGCAGUAUUUCAAGAGAAGGAACCCUGAUGAUAAGAGAGACAUCUGGAGAGAAGAAGCGAUCUGGCCACAGUGACAGCAAUGGCUUUGCUGGCCACAUCAAUCUCCCAGACCUGGUGCAGCAGAGCCGUUCCCCGGCCGGGACACCAACUGAGGGCCUGGGGCGUGUCUCCACCCAUUCCCAGGAGAUGGAAGCCGGGACUGAAUACGGCAUGGGGAGCAGCACAAAGGCCUCCUUCACCCCCUUUGUGGACCCCAGGGUAUACCAGACAUCUCCCACUGAUGAAGAUGAAGAAGAUGAAGAAUCAUCAGCUGCGGCUCUGUUUACUAGCGAACUUCUUAGGCAAGAACAGGCCAAGUUCAAUGAAGCAAGAAAGAUUUCAGUGGUAAACGUAAACCCAACCAACAUUCGACCUCAUAGCGACACACCAGAAAUCAGAAAAUAUAAGAAGCGAUUCAACUCGGAAAUACUUUGUGCCGCUCUCUGGGGUGUAAACCUCCUGGUGGGAACGGAAAAUGGCCUGAUGCUUUUGGACCGAAGUGGGCAAGGCAAAGUCUAUAAUCUGAUCAACCGGAGGCGAUUUCAGCAGAUGGACGUGCUAGAGGGACUGAAUGUCCUGGUGACUAUAUCAGGAAAGAAGAACAAACUACGAGUUUAUUAUCUUUCAUGGUUAAGAAACAGAAUACUACACAAUGACCCAGAAGUAGAAAAGAAACAAGGCUGGAUCACAGUCGGGGACUUGGAAGGCUGCAUACAUUACAAAGUUGUUAAAUAUGAAAGGAUUAAAUUCCUAGUGAUUGCCUUAAAGAAUGCUGUGGAGAUAUAUGCUUGGGCUCCUAAACCGUAUCAUAAGUUCAUGGCAUUUAAGUCUUUUGCAGAUCUCCAGCACAAGCCACUGCUUGUUGAUCUCACGGUAGAAGAAGGUCAAAGAUUGAAGGUUAUUUUUGGAUCACACACUGGUUUUCAUGUAAUUGAUGUUGAUUCAGGAAACUCUUAUGAUAUCUACAUACCAUCUCAUAUUCAGGGCAAUAUCACUCCUCAUGCCAUUGUCAUCUUGCCUAAAACAGAUGGAAUGGAAAUGCUUGUUUGCUAUGAGGAUGAGGGGGUGUAUGUAAACACCUAUGGCCGGAUAACUAAGGAUGUGGUGCUCCAAUGGGGAGAAAUGCCCACGUCUGUGGCCUACAUUCAUUCCAAUCAGAUAAUGGGCUGGGGCGAGAAAGCUAUUGAGAUCCGGUCAGUGGAAACAGGACAUUUGGAUGGAGUAUUUAUGCAUAAGCGAGCUCAAAGGUUAAAGUUUCUAUGUGAAAGAAAUGAUAAGGUAUUUUUUGCAUCCGUGCGAUCUGGAGGAAGUAGCCAAGUGUUUUUCAUGACCCUCAACAGAAAUUCCAUGAUGAACUGGUAACAGAAGAGCACUUGGCACUUGUCUUCAUGGCGUUGUUUCUAAUUAAAAAGAACAUAACUCAUGUGGACAUAAGCCAGUCUAGAGCAGAAUCAGAAGGCUUGGUUGAACAUACCGCUUUCCCCUUUUCCUCUCCCUCCCCCGGUCCCAGUACAGUCCACAGUCCAUCUUUCAAUGUUGCAGCCUGGUUGAGAAGGAGAGAAAAACGUGGCAGGAAUUUCCAGGAGACCCCCAAGAAUGCUGCGUUGUUUGUGGACAAAUAUGGACCAUGUGCCCUUCGGAGUUAGGGAUAGAAACAAAUAUUGUGUGCUCUUAUGAUUAAGCUGUGUUAUGGUGGGUUUUGAGUUUUGCUUUUUGUUUUUCCACCUUUUUCCUUUACCCCCUUACUUUGUAAGAAUGGGGAGAGAAUGCCUACUGAGAAAAUGAGUCUGUUUUUAAUUCUGUCUGCCUGCUAGCUUUAAGUAUACGAUAUGUUGUAAAAUUUCCAAUUUCAAAUGGUGAGAGACAGCACAAUAAAUGUACCUUAUCUCCUCACACUGAAGGCCAUAAUUGCAUAGUGGGGUAAUUUUAGAACUCUUUUGCCUUCACCAACCCAAAAGGUUGCUUUUUGAUAGCAACUGGCUAAUGAAUUUUUAAAAGAAAAGAAAAAAUACUAGUUUUCCCCUCUUUGGGGAAAUAGAUUUUAAAUGGCUAAACUACUAGCCUUAGACUAAUAAAAUCAACUACCAUUUUUGUGAGUCUGACAGGCCCUAUUUUUAUAUGGCCCUGUGCAGAAUGGAAUGUGUUGAAUGGGAUAGUAGUGCCAUUGUGUUGAGUUGGCUCUAGCGAUUGAGGGACUCUAUAACACAACUUUCCCUCGGCUAUUAUGCAACAGAUCAGGGCAAAAGAUGGGAUGACUGAUGGGGUCGGACAAAAAGAGCUUCUGGGAAACAAACUAAAAAAAAAAAAAAAAUUUUAUAUAUAUAUAUCCACAUAUAUAUAUAUAUACAUAAAUACAAACACACACACACACACACACACAUAUAUAUAUACACAUUCUUUUUUUAAUGCACAAAGCCUCUAGCUAAGAGGUCACUGGCUUCGGGCUUCAUUAGGAGUGAGACUGUUGAGUUCUUUCUGGGAAUUGGGGAGUGAAUGACAUCCAGACUCUGGUCAUUCCCAGCUUUCUCCUGAGGGUGCCACUUUCUCAAGAUGAAAACUGUGACUGAAAAAAUAAUAAUAAUAAAUGUUUCUGAGCUGCCUGUGUUCUCUCUGGGUUGGUGAGAGAAGGGACUAGACUACUAGGCCUGCGUGAGACACAGCAGGCAUCACUGGUUCAGAGUUUAUAGAACUUAAAAGCAAGGCUUUGGCCAGAAUUCUGAGACCCUGAUCAUUUUCCCUUCCUCCAAAUUACCCAACAUACAGUAAACAACAUUUGUGCAGAGAUAUGUAUGUAUUUAGUUCAGGUUGACUUGUGUCCUUAUAAACUCUUAACUCGGAUGAUCUGAACUUUUACGUGACUGUCUGGGUUUUUUUUUCCAAAGCUACAAGCAUGGCCGCCUGUGGUAUCAAGGUGUUGCAAAACGAUAUCUGUGUUGCGCUUCCUGUUUUAACCUACCUCGUUUCGUUUGUUUUGUUUCACUGUUCAUCACAGCAGUGUUAUCUCCAGGAGACAUAUAGAGAGCUCAACUGGCAAUCUCAGGUGUAUUUAAUAUUUUUUAAACAAAACAGUAGUUGACCAAAUUGUUCUUCAAAAAUUAAAAAAAAAUCCAACAUCGACAAAAACUAAUGUGGUUGGUUUCUGAAAAAAGCAAUUACUGUAAAGAGAUUUUUUUUUAAAGUCUGUGAUCCUACUGAUUUUUGCCUAACUACAUUAGCAGCUGAUGUACUAUCAAUGAGAACGAAAUAUAAGUUAGGAAAAUGGAACCAAUUCAAUCUGGUGGCUUGGGCAAACGGGGGAAGGGCAGGGGAAUUAUUGCAGUUUCUGAAGUAGAUGAUUAUACCCUUCCUGUAAAGGGGUUUAUCCUUUGCAUUUAUUUUAAGCAGAUAAUGCACAAUAAUGGAAUUGAGGAUUAUCUUCAGGCCAUCACCAAGAUGUCCUCAUCAUGGUCCCUUUAGCUCUCAAAAGCAAUGAAAUCCUCCCGUUCUCAUUUUUACUGCUAUGGAUCUGCUGCUGAACAACACUAUCUUCACAAAUUCCAUGCAACAAAUUUCAGCAAUAACUUUUUGGAUUGAAUUUAGCAACUACUGUAAUUGGAUGCUGACGUGGACAAAAUAUAUUGAUUUGGGUCCCAUCCCCAAAUGUGAUUGCCACCAGCUCUUUAUAUUGCUGCUGUGGUAUUUUGAACCAGAAGCUUCUUUAAAUUAUGUUGCAAACUGAUCUUUGUUUUUAUGUUAUGUUUUGUUUUGAUUUCUAAGUGAUGAGUUCGAAACACACAGCUUUAAAUGAUUUUUUUAUUGUGGGAUUUUGGGUACAGUUAAGAAAUAAAAGGGAAUCAUUGUGUUUAAACAUAAGGUAGUUUGUGAAUGUAUUUUUUAAAAUCUAGAGUCAUUGAAACAAAAACUCAUAAAAACAAUAUUAAUGCAGUCUUGUUUACAGUAUGUACAGUGACAUAACAUAGAACAUGAGCUUUUUCUGGUGCCAACAACAAUAAAACACAGACGUUAAACAUCAAGCCAUGCCUUUUAUAUUUUUGUACAAAUAUUUUACAUGGAGUACAAGGCAAAACUAAAUUUAAAAGGGCCCCUAUCAAAGCUGUGUUCCUUAACAGAUAUCUAAAGAAUUCCUUUAAGCUUUUAUCUUCAAAAAUACAUUUCCUUCCAUCAGGACAAUCCCCAGCCCUGAUACACUGAGAUCCCGAUCAUGCACAGUAUUUCAGACUAUUGUUCUUAUGGUUCACAACAAUUCCCAACUUUCUGGUUUGUUUGCUUUCUUUCUUUCUUUUUUUAUGGUGGGGGGAGGGUCGUGCUUUCAUCUUAAUAGCACCUUAAUAAAAAUUUCUUUAAUUUUGAAACUAGUUAGUUUCAGUGUUUAGUUUUAGUUCUUCCCAGAGGGGAUUUUGUUUCUGGAAUUGGCUCAGUUUAUUUUUGUUGUUCUACAAAGAGAAACUGAGCCCUCCCCCCAAAGUAAGUUUUGCUAGAUCUUUUCAGUCCUUAUUGCUCUAAAUUUGAUAAUCAUAUCAUAAAAUCCACAGAGCCUGCCCAAACCAUAAUCUUGGCCCAGGUUCUGACAGGUGACCAUCAUUCUAGGGUGCCGGUCAGGGGAACUGCAGUAUGGAUUCCUGCGUCCGGUGGGUGGUAGAAACAGAUGACCUUUAGGAUCUCCAUUUGAAUGGUGAGAGCCCUCCCCAUGCCAGUUACAUCCUGACCAUUGCCAGUGCACACAAUAUGAAUGAAGACAGCUUGCACUAAGUUCCACACAGAAUUAGUGGCUCCGUUUACAUAAACGUCAUUAUUUUUCUUGACUUUUAGCUUCAAGAAGAUCUAGAGCUAUUUCAACAGUAUAGAUCAAGGUCCUGAGGAAAUCCCACAAGGCCACCUGGACAGGGACUCCAUUUUUCUAGCACAAUGGCAUUGCUUUCUAAGAUACAUGUCUCACAUACUUGGCAUCAAGUACACAUUUUUAAAAAGCAUCUUCAUUCCUGGUUGUCAAGACGUACUAACAGUUUUCUGUCUGUUCUUGUGACUCAUUGGUCAUUGGUGUCUCUGGUCCCUCUUGUGUGGUAGAUGAGAAAGAAAUGUGAAAUUCAGGUCAGAGCCCUUUUGGUUUUGUCCGUUGCCAGACAAAGAAGUGCCUGAAGUCUGACCUCCCAUUCCAUGAAGUUAAAAAAAUUUUUUUUUCUUUUCUUUCCUAUUAUGUGUACCAGUUCCCAUCACUGUAUUCUGGAAAUGUGGAAGAGCUCUUUGUGUCAAUAGUGUGUGCUGUCUUUGGAGGUCUGCUUGAACAGGCAUCCCUGCAUUUGUGCUGAUUGCUUUAAGAUAUAAAAUGUGCUACCUUAUUUUUAAGAAAGAAAAUAAAAUUUGUUUUAACCCACUGGAGGAAAACAGGAGAAAUAUCCACAACACACUGAUAACAAUUCUGAAUCAUCCUCCCAAGCCCCUGAUGUUCCAAAAUCCUUUCUGAUACUAUGUUCUGACCAUCUGAACAGUUUCUGUGAAUUAUCAGUUACCUUUUGGUUCAUUCCUCAAAAAUUUGAAUCUGACCAAAUCAAAUGAAGCAUAACAAACAAAUCUAUAACUGGCCUCCCUUGAGACGACAUAGUUAUAACAUAAAAUCCAAAAGUCCAAAUGUGAUUUUGUUUACCUGCCAAUAUUUCUCAAAUGCCACUACAUUUUGGCUUUGCUGAGUAUAGCAGUAUCUGGAACCCUAAGGUGUACUGUCCUUUCAUGGGUCUCAAAAUGGUAUAAACUGAAUUCUUUUCAGAAGCCCAAGCAAAGAAGAAAAUCCCUUGAGAACUUUCAGGUUCAAAAGUAACCAUUUGUACAUUUCUACCAAGCAUUUUCUAGGGUUGUUUGAUUUCCAUACUGUAUCAUUGUUCUGGAAAUUUUCCACAGGCAACUAGAAUAUUAAAAACAUUGCAUAGUGUUAAGCAGUAGGGGACCCUAACUCUCUGCUGUGAACUUUAUUCUUCUAAGCCUGCCAUUCCAGGAAGUGCCAGAAUGCACCAAAACUAAACUCCCCAUAAAACUGUGUUCUUAAACAGAAGAAGUCCCUGGAUACGUUUUUGAGAUAUUUGAAAUCCAGAUCAAAAUCCUGGACUCUAUGUCCAUGAGGCCAAACAUUUGGAUGAAGACUAAAAAACACAGAAAUAGAAAUGUUCUAAAAGAUUACAGAUUUUUUGCUUUGUGUAGAUAUCUUCCAACUAACUCAACUCCUUACAUGAUAGUUUGGUUUUGAUGGUUUGUUUUUAUCCUCGGUGCAUGACAUUGCACUGCUGAGCCUGAGCAAAGGCUGGUGGAGAGGUGAGUUUUCAUUUCCAGCAGUGGGUCAUUAUGUGUACAUAGCAAAUAUCCAUGCUCCAGUUGCCCCUUCCUCUUAAUCUCUUCCCCUGCCGUUUAGUGUGAAGGAAUAGUAAUACUGUAUUAUGCUUUGUUUAAAAACCUCAGUUAUUACCCUGAAUCAGAAUUUCAAAUGUUGGGUGACAGCAAGAAAUCACAGCAGGGAAAAAAAAAAA